CGACUACAAAUAUUUUUUUCUCAUAUAAAAGGGGACGGUGCAGCCUCCAUCAUCACAGAUUCGAAUCAACUACCUCCCAAGUAAUUAAUUACUACGAACGAAAACUACUUCGAAUAUCAAACAUGAUGUCCAAGACCGUACUAGCACUCUGCGUUGUGGCGUCGGUAGCUGUGGCUGCCCAAGCGCAGGCCGGUGGCUGGCCGAUGUUCGGAGGCUGGGGCGCCCCCGCCGCCGCCCCCGCCUGGGGACUCCCCGCCGCCCCCGCCUUCAUCCCCCCGUGGACCCAGUUCAUGCCCCAGUGGGCCCCAUGCACCACCAUCGGAGCUGACUGCCUCGACUGCCACACUAAGGUUGUCUGCACCAAGGUUGGAGGCAUCGAGAAGGCGUGCUCAGACCCCCUCAAGCCUUACUGCAACCUGGGAGAGUGCUCGGCCACCCCCUCGGCCACUUGCGCCCCCGCCCCCGCCCCCGCCGCCCCCGCUGCCGCUGGAGCCGCCUAAUCACACCCUGAUUAACUCCCACGGGAUAAUACUCAUGCCACUGCCUGGACUAUCUCAGUACGGUUUUUCUAACUGCAUUUACUUAAGUAUUUAUUCUCAACGUUUGUUCAAAUUCUGACGUGUAAAAAUGUGUUUGUAAAUAAAUUUUAUAUGACGCGA